AUGGAACUGUUAGGAAGGCCGGAACAAUAUACCGAUGAAGAUAUUGGUUCUGGUGAGAAGGGAUUCUCGGAGUUACUAGAGCAUGAAAAGGAAGAGUUACUGCAGGACCAAUCAGAUGAGGAUGGGAAGGACAAUGGUGGCUUACAGAGGAUUGGGGCAAAGUCUUUGUCUAAGAAGAGACGGUGUACUUCAGAAAAUGGAUCUUCUAAUGGAAAACGAAUUAGGAAAAAACAACUUGUGCUAAAUUAUUACGAAGAUGAAGAUGAGUUGAUGGAUGAAAUGGAGCGUGAUACAGAGAUUGCCUUUAUGAUCAAGUCAAAAACACGGAAAAGGGGAAGUCCUGGCCGGGGAAGGAUCAACCGGAGUUCCUCAGUGGAUUCAGGAGUUAAAGAUGAGUCAAAGAAUACUAUUUCUUACACUUCAUCUUCUUCACCACCAUCUUCUCCGAGUUCAUCAGUUUCAGUUUUAAGAUGGGAACGUGGUAGAUGCACUUCAAGACACAGAAAGAAUAAUGGGGAUGUUUGUUUUAAGUGUCAUCAGUGCAUGCAAGAAUCGAAAACUAUUGUUUCUUGCUCCAAGUGUAAAACCAACACUUAUUGUAUCCGUUGCAUCAAGGAAUGGUACCCUCACAUGAAGGUACAAGACGUCAAGGAAUUUUGCCCAUUUUGCCGCCAAAAUUGCAACUGUAAUGCAUGUCUCCACUCAACUGGCAUGAUUAAGACAUCAAAACGGGACUUAAGUGACUAUGAAAAGACUCAGCAUUUGACGCACUUAAUUCUCUCCGUGCUUCCAUUUCUGAAAGAAUUUUCUGAUGAACAAAAGGAGGAGAUAAAGAUUGAAGCUAAUAUUCAACGAGAGUCGCCUUCCAACAUUAUUAUAGAACAGACCCUCUGUUUUAAUGAUGAGCGUGUCUAUUGCAACCAUUGUGCAACUUCAAUUGUUGAUCUGCAUCGAAGCUGCCCUGACCCAACGUGUAAAUACGAACUCUGUCUAAGUUGUUGUAGAGAAAUUAGGCAGGGAUCCCUUUUAAACCGUACAGAGGUGAAGUUUCAAUAUAGGAAUAGGGGUUGUGAGUACAUUCAUGGUGGAGAUCCAUCACGUGAAUGUAGUUCUGUACAAGCUCCAGACAAUCAUAUUGAGCCUUUGACUGGGUGGAAUGCAAAUGAUGAUAAUAGUAUUACUUGUGCUCCAAAGGAAAUGGGUGGCUGUGGUGAGAGGAAAUUGGCUCUGAAGCGAAUCCUUCCUUGUGAUUGGAUUGCAAACUUGGAAGCAAAAGCAAAAACUGUAAUAGACAUUUGCGAAACCAAAAACUGUACUUUCAAGCAUGAAUACGGUGAAACAAGAACUGAUAUGUUGCGAAAAGCAGCUUCGAGGGAGGAUUCCUGUGACAACUAUUUAUAUUGUCCAGAUUCAUGGGACACGCUGAAAGAAGGAGGUCUUUUGCACUUCAGAAAACAUUGGAUUAAUGGUGAACCAGUCAUAGUUCAAAAUGUACUUGAACAGGCAAAUGGUCUGAGCUGGGAGCCAAUGGUCAUGUGGCGUGCUUUAAGUGAAAAUAUGGAUCCAAAUAGUACCUCACAAUUUUCAGAGGUCAAGACCAUUGAUUGCCUGGCUGGCUGUGAGGUGGAAAUCAAUACUCGGCAAUUUUUUGAAGGAUACACCGAAGGAAGAAUGUAUGGAAAUUCAUGGCCAGAGAUGCUUAAGCUGAAGGAUUGGCCCCCUUCUGAUGCGUUUGAGAAUCUUUUGCCCCGACAUUGUGAUGAAUUCAUUAGUGCCUUGCCAUUUCAAGAGUACACAGAUCCUAGAGCUGGUCUUCUUAACCUUGCUGUUAAGUUGCCACCAGGAGUCUUGAAACCAGACAUGGGUCCAAAAACAUAUAUUGCUUAUGGGCUUGUGGAAGAGCUUGGAAGAGGGGACUCUGUAACCAAGCUGCAUUGUGACAUGUCUGAUGCGGUUAAUAUUUUGACACAUACAGCAGAAAUUAAGUUAGGUGAUGAGCAGAAAUCUGCAAUUUCAGACCUAAAAAAAUUACAUAGGGCCCAAGAUGAGAGAGAGCUUCGGAAUUGGGUGAAUUCUCAGUCUGGACGGUCGGGAUCACAAAUAGGGGAUGAUGAAAUCAUAGCAGUAGACGAAACAGGUGGUGGUGCUUUGUGGGACAUUUUCCGCAGGGAAGAUGUCCCUAAGUUGGAGGCUUAUCUGAAGAAGCACGUUAAAGAAUUCAGGCACACUUAUUGUUCAUUAGUUGAACGGGUUAUUCAUCCAAUUCAUGAUCAAUCCUUUUAUUUAACAGUGGAUCACAAAAGGAAGCUUAAGGAAGAAUUUGGAAUUGAACCGUGGACAUUUGUACAAAGCCUUGGAGAGGCUGUAUUUAUACCUGCUGGAUGCCCGCACCAAGUUAGAAAUCUCAAGUCUUGUACAAAAGUAGCCGUGGACUUUGUAUCCCCAGAAAAUGUCCAUGAGUGCCUCCGUUUAACUAAGGACUUCAGACAACUUCCCAAGAAUCAUAGAGCUAGAGAGGACAAACUUGAGAUAAAGAAAAUGAUACUGUAUGCAGUCGACCAUGCUGUUAAAGAUUUAGAAGCCUUGGUAGCAACUCAAGUUUGAAAGCUGGCAACUCUACAAGAAUAUCCAUAUCCCUGUCCGUGUCCGGGAAAAUUUGUAAAGUCGGAACAAAAUUUUCCUCCUGCCCAUAUAAGUUGAAGCUUUCACAAGUACUUGCCUUGUUCACAUGGUCUUUUCGGUUCUAAUGAUUGCUGCAUUCAGCUUAGACAGUGAGGGUUUACUGCUCGACCUUCAAGUUAAGUAGUGUUAUGACUUGUGAGCAUUUUAAUGAAAUGAAAGACAAACUUGAUUAGUCCCA